GAACUCCCCAAACCUCGCAUACUAAACUCAUCCAGAGACCUUGUUCAUCAUGACGUCCACAACCAACCGCAUUACUCUCUACGACGCAGAAUUCACUUUAGAAGAGAAGACGAUGUCUCCGUAUGCUGUCAGAAUAAGGUUGUUACUUCACUACAAAAAUAUUCCAUACGAUGUCGUCUGGCUCCGUUUCCGUGACGUCGACGCUACUGCAAAGGCUGUUGGGGCAGCACCUACCAGAGUCAUGGCAGACGGCAGUCCUGGGUACACAAUCCCUUUUAUCACCACCAAGAGUGUCGACGAUCAGACCAUUGCGAUUUCUGAUUCCGCAAGAAUUGCACAGUACAUCGAAGAAAAUUUCCCGGAUUCCGAGAAUAAACUCCUUCCGGCAGAGACUCGCUUCUUCCAAUCCAUCUUCUCCAAAUAUCUGAUUGAGAAGGUAUCAACUGCAAUAUACGGAGUAGCCUUGGCAUCGAUUCUGGACCUGUUUCCUUCUGAAAGCGAUCGCGAAUGGUAUCUUCAGACCCGGCGAAAUGUAUAUGGAAGGGGCAUCGAGGAGUUGGUUCCACAGGACGAAGCAAGUAUCCAAGCUGCAUGGAGAAGAUUCGACACUACAUUUGACGAUCUUGCCGCGCACCUAGACAAGGCUGGAGAGGGGAAUUAUCGUAUCACAGGGGGAGUCAGUUACUCAGAGUUCGAGUUGGUGUCGUGGCUAAACAUGGCGAGACGGGCCAGUUAUGAUGGAGUAUGGAAGAGGCUCGCGAGUCGUAAUGGAGGAAGAUGGGAGAAGCUCAUGAAUCUUCCGGUGUACAAGGAGAUACUUCCUGCGAACCGUAAUGUUUCCCCGCCGUAAAUUGAUCUGAUCAGUAGAAAUAAAUAUUGUAAUCGAUAUUAUACAAUGGUUGAACACUGACUUACAAACAUAUCCC